AAAUAAAGAGACGGCGUUCGGAUAGUGCACGUGGUUAUUCUUUUAUUCUAGUUUGAGAAUAUUUGAAAUAUCAUUCAGCACGCUGCUGAAGCAUUUCAAAAGUAAGAAUUACUAAAAAAAAAAUAGCAAUUGUGUGUGCGAGUAACGAAAUAUAUUUACAAAAACAAGUAGAUAACCCAUUUCUUAUUAAGAAGAAGAAAAUUAAUAAUAUCUCAGUUGUUGAAGUAUAAUUAAUAUUAGACAAUAUGGAGCGAAAGCGGGAACCGCGUUGGGUUAUGAAAGAAUACGAAAAUUUUGAGGAAUAUACAUAUAAUACGACAACCAAGUCAACAGCAUUGAAGAAAUUUGUAAAGAACCUGAAAAUAAAUAUAAUUCAAGAACAAGACCGAGAAAUAGAAUUUGAUAUUAUUGGCUGUCAUACUUCACUAGCUAAUGCAUUUCGCAGGAUAUUACUGAGUGAAGUACCGAGUAUGGCUAUUGAGAAGGUUUAUAUCAUAAAUAAUACUAGCUUGAUCCAGGACGAAAUACUUGCACAUAGAUUGGGACUUAUACCUCUUCGUGCAGAUCCUAGAUUAUUUGAAUAUCCCCCAAAUGACAAAAAAGAUGAUGAUACAGUUAGUGAUAAUGAUACUUUAAGAUAUGAGUUAAAAGUUAUGUGCAGUACGAACCCGCAAGCGCCUAAGAAUUCUCGUCUUCCAGAGGAUAUGUAUAAAAAUAGCAAAGUUUAUAGUAAGGAUAUUAAAUGGGUACCAAUAGGCCGGCAAGCAGAGAAGUUUAAAGCAGAACAAAUUGGUGUUUUAGAAAACGACAUACUAAUAUGUAAAAUGCGUCCUGGUCAUGAGAUUCAUUUAUUUAUGCAUGCAGUUAAAGGCAUCGGCAAAGAUCACGCCAAAUUUUCUCCAGUAGCUACUGCAUCAUAUCGCCUCUUGCCGGUCAUUCAGCUAAACAAAUCCGUGAGAGAUGAAGAUGCGGAUCUUCUAAAGAGCUGUUUCAGUCCUGGCGUGAUAGAAGUAGUAGAACAAGAGACAAGUUCGGGUCAGAAAUAUCGGGAAGCGCGUGUUAAAAAUGCUCGCUAUGACAGUUGUUCUAGAAACGUCUACCGUUACGAUCAAUUAAAGAAUUGCGUGGAAAUGAGUCGAGUAAAGGAUCAUUUUAUCUUCACCAUAGAGUCUGUGGGAACAUUAUCACCAGCCGUACUAUUCAUAGAAGCCGUUAAAGUGCUCCAAAAUAAGUGCAGAUCAUUUCUCGCAGAGUUAGAAGACAUAUGAAAAUAAAUUCAAGCAAAAUAAUCUUCUCGAUGAAGUAAAAAUUAUGACGAGUGGUCGUCUCUUAUAUAGUUGUUCUCUUGGACAGCAAUAACAAGAUCGUACAAGUUUGAGACGCCGGUGACAACUGUUGACCGUCUCUGAAGCAAUAUAUAUUUAUAUUAUAUAUUAUAUUUUUAUCAGAUUUUUGUAAUAUGUC